UCAUUUAAAUAACCAUACGGUCAUAACCUUUAUCGGAAAUAAAAAGUUAUUUCAUAGAUUUUUUUAUUUAAAAUAAAAAAAUGAUUGGAAUUACCGGAAGACUGGCGUUAAUUGCUCGAGGGUUUGCGACAAGUGUCAAAGAUAUUCCUAAUUUAGUAAAACAAAACAAGGUGGUGGUUUUUAUGAAAGGAGUACCAGAAGAACCUAGAUGUGGAUUUAGCAAUGCUGUUGUUCAAAUAUUACGUAUGCAUGGAGUCAAAUAUGAUGCACAUGACGUAUUAGCAAGUGAUGAACUCCGACAAGGUGUAAAAGACUUUUCAAACUGGCCAACAAUACCCCAAGUUUUUAUAAACGGAGAAUUUGUUGGUGGCUGUGACAUUUUGCUUCAAAUGCACCAGAACGGUGAACUUAUUGAAGAAUUAAAAAAAGCUGGUAUAACAAGCGCUCUUUUAACAAAAAACAAUGCCGAUAACGCACCGAAAAAGUAAUUAAAAGAACCCAACUAUUAACGGAUUUGUAAAUAAUUUUCAAUUCUAUAAACUAGUCUCGUUUUGUUAAUAAAAAAUAUUUAAAAAUCCA